AUGGCUAAGGCGCUGUGCAUUAACCCACUAAGACCUGAGUACUUAGCAGUUGCAGUCAACGACCCAAUUGUUCGGGUGUAUGAUAGAAGAAUGCUGUGUCUAAGCGGCCUCCGCACAUCAACAGCAGCAGCAGCAGGAGCAGCAGGAGGUGCUGCUGUUAGUAGUGGUGCUGGUGCUGGUGCUGGUGCAGCAGCAGCAGCAGCAGCAGCAGCAAGAGAGCAGCUACCUUCUGCUUCGUGGAGCAUCCGAGGCCAAGUGCCUUGUGAUGUAUAUGCACCUUCUUGUCUUUGGUGCGAUCCCUUUGAAAGCAGCGAAGGAGUCGGGCGUCAGAGGCUGCAGCACCCCACACAUAUUGCGUGGUCGGAGAGCGGGCGUUAUUUAGGUGCUACCUACGGCUGUGAUGCUGUUUAUACAUUUCGUUUUCUAAGCCAAACAGAGAAAGAGUUCUUGCCUCCGGUUGCUGCUUCUUUUGAUUUUAACUCUAUGGAGUCUGCUGCAGCAAAAGGUGCAGCAGCAGCAGCAACAGCACAGGCCCACGCACUCGCGUGCCUCGGUUUCACUAGCAGCAGCAAAAGCAGCAGCAGCAGCAGCAAUGGCUGCCGCUGCUGCUAUUGCUGCAGAUCCGAAGAGCCCAGCACUACGUGUGGGGUCUCCGAGCAGCAAAUUAGGGCCUGGCAGAUGGAAGGAAACUCCCUCAUGGAGCGUGGCUUAGAGGGGAUGGCAGUGUGCGCAUACACCCGAGCGCUUCGGUUUGCUGCUGCAGCAAGGCUGCGAGUACCGCUGCUGUGCAACAGGGCCUUAGCGCAGCUUCGCUGCGAGCGCCGCUUCGGUUUGUCUGCUGCAGCAGCAGCAGAAAUUGAUUCCAGAGAGGCAAUUCAUUUAGACCCAGAUUACCCCAAAGCAUACUACAGGUUAAUUGCUGCAUUGAGGGCCUGCAGCAGCAUCAGCGCAGCAGCAAAAGCAGCAAAAGAAGCAGCAGCACGAUUUCCUUCUGUAGGGGAGUUCAGGCGUAUCUGCCGGCAGCUGCAGCUCGACAUGGUCCGAACGCAGAGCCUAGAGCGCUUCUUUAACCCCGGCUCUUUGCUGCGGACGUAUCCAUCUUGUAGAUUAGAUGAGCUUCAAGAAGAAAUACAAAGAAGACAGAGGCGGCAGCGAAGACGCCAGCAGCAGCAGGAGCAGCAGCAGCAGCAGCUGCAGCAGCAGCAGGAGCAGCAGCAGCAACAGCAACGCCAGCAGCAAAGCAGCGGGGAUGUGCAAGAGCACCAACGGCUACAGCAGCAGCAGCACGAACAGCAGCAGCAGCAGGUGCAGGAGCAGCAGCAGCAGCAGCGUCAGCAGCAAGAGCAACGGCAGGAACUUCCACAGCAGCAGGACCAGCAGCCGCAGCAUCAGCAGCAACAGGAGCAGCAGCAGCAAGAACAGCAACAGCAUCAACAGCAGCAGCAGCAGGAGCAGCAGCAGGAGCAGCAGCGGCGGCAGGUGCGGUGGUUUCUCGGGGGCCGCCAGAGCUCGUCUGUUGAGGCCCGUCGGGCAGUGCUUGCAGCAGCUAUAUCUAGUAACCCUGCAGCAGCAGCAGCAGCAGCAGCUGCUGCUGCUGCUGCUGCUGCUACCCCUGUUGCAGCAGCUCCUACUGCCGCCAGAAGCCAGGUGUCUGUGCAUCUAAGCCCAGCAGCAAAUGAAGCAGCAGCACUUUCAGGAGCGCGUAUUGUAAUUACGCGGAGGCUUCGCCGGUGGCCUGCAGCAGCAGCAGCAGCAGCAGCAGCAGCAGGAACACCAACAGCAGCAGGAGCAGCAACACAAGAAGGAGGAAGCACAGCAGCAGCAGCAAGGGGAGGAGAAGCUGCUGGUUCUUCACCUGCAGCGGGAGAGCAAGGCUCUUCGUCAGCAGCAGCAGCAACAACACCAACAGCAGCACCAGCAGCAGCAGCAGCACAAGGCCGUGGCGGAGGCGGCGUGGGUGAGGGAGUUGCUGCUGCUGCUGCUGCUGCUGCUGCUGCAGGUGGUGGAGCAGCAGCAGGACGCACACCAAGAGCAGCAGGAGCAGCAGCAGCAACUGGAGGAGGAGGAGCAGCAGCAGCAGCAACAGGAUCGGGCCUUCUUGCAGGCCGGGAGCGUAUGAGGACGCCUUUUGCUGCUUUUGCUGCUGCAGCAACAGCAACAGCAGCAGCAGCAGCAGCAGCAGCAGGAGCAGCAGGAGGUUCAGAUGCGGAGGAGGAAGCUCUAACAAAGGCAGCAAGACACGCAGAGAGAGAGUUAAACAAAUCUUUACAGCGAAGUGCUGCUGCAGCAGGGCCUCUGUGGCUACACCCUGCUGUUGCUGCUGCAUACCGCAGCAGCAUUAGAGGUUGGUGCGGCUGGCCGCGUCUCUCUAUUUUAAAAACGCUUGUAGAAGCAGAUAUCCUGCAGCAGCUGCAGCAGCACUGGAAUAGGCUUAUGCACGACAGCAAGCAGCAGCAGCAGCAGCAGCAGCAGCAGCAACAGCAGCAGCAGCAAAAACAAGAGCAGCAGCAGCAAACGCGAGACCAGCAGCAGCAACAGGAACUGCAGUCGGACACAGGCAGCAAUAGUAGCCGCAGCAGCAGCAGCAACAAUAGUAGCAGCAGCAGCAGCAGCAGCUGUUUCUCUUCAGCUGAAGCAGAUGCAGCAGGGGCCUGCGGGAGACAAAAGAGACAGCGCAUUUCGAGAGACACCGCAUCAAGUGAAGACAGCCCUGAAGCAUCUGCUGCUGCUGCUGCUGCUGCUGCAGCGGCCGCAGCAGCAGCAGCAGCAGCGUCUCCAGCAGCAGCACCAUUGCUUGCAACGGAAGGAGGAGUAGCAACAGAUAGCCCCGCAGUAGGCAAGCCUCCUUCAGCAGCAGCAGUAACUGCAGCAGAACCAACAACGGCAGCAGCAGAUCGUGUGGCAGCAGCAGCUGCAGCAGCAGCAGCAGGAGCUGCUGCUGCUGCUGAGCUUCUUCACCUUCGGUCGGGCACCCUGACGUCUCCCUCCUUCUCUCAGCAGCAAUUGUCUUCAUGUGCUCCUUCAAGAGCAGCAGCAGAAGCAGCAGCAGUGGUAGCAGCAGCAGCAGCAGCAGAGGAGCCAACAGCACCAGCAGCAGCCGAUGCAGCAGCAGCAGCAGCAGCAGGGUCUGAAGCACGGCAUCCUUGUGCAUUUAUGAGUGCUGCUGCAGACUCAUCUCUUCCUUCAAAAGAAGAAGAGAGUUGCUGCGGUGCUUCUGCUUCCAGCAGCAGCAGCAGCAGCAGCAGCAGCAAGUUGACGCAGGAUGAGGAGCAGCAGCAGCAGCAGCAGCAGGAGCAGCAGGAAGGCUCCGACGCGCAUGCAAAAAGCAGCAACAUGCUGAAGGAAGUAACGGAGGCGUGGGUUAGUGAAUUGUUUGCUGCUCCAGCAGAACAGCCUUUAAGUCUGCAGCUGAUGAGGCUAAGGAGACAUCGCAGCAGCAGCAACAGCAGCAGCAGCAGCAGCAGCAGCAGCAGAGACGGAAACAGCAGCGAUGAAGAUCGCAGCAGCGAUGAAGAGACAGCACCCAGAGGCAUGUCUUGGCUCGAUGCUCUUGACGUAUUUGGGGGCUUCAAACGUGGAGACGGGUAUAAAGGAGUGCGGUUUUAUCGGCGAUGA